GAGAGAGAGAGAGAGAGAGAGAGAACACACUUGUUCCCUGUAAACAAACUGGUGCAGCAGCUCUUCUUCUCCCCUGCAUCAUUUCAUCUGCCUGUUUCUCCCUGAAACUCAACUGGCUUCUCGUCUCUGAUUUUCUCAGUCCAUCCAAUCAAUUACCCUCUCUCUCACUCCCUCUCUCUCUCUCUCUCUCCCUCUCUCACUCCCUCCCUCUCUCUCUCUCUCCCUCUCCCAGGCUGUUGCUGCAGUGCCUGUUCGGAGCAGGAGCUGCCGAGCAGAUUCACCCUCAGUUGGGAGGAAGUUGUCAGAUGCUUUGAAAAAUUGUUCUACUUGUGUUUUUUGGGCUGAGAAGGUCUUUUUUUAAAUUUUCUGGUAUAAAUAAUCUGUAUUUUUAUGAACUUUGCCCGUUUUUUGAUGCUGGAUUGUUUGGUUUCCCACGUUUUUUGAAGGCAUUGGAGAAAGGGUUCUCUACGAAACUUUGAGAGCUCAAAGUUCCUGGACUUUUACCUCAUUGGAAGUGAAUUGCUGGAAUUCAAUACGAUUAUUCCGGGAUUGUUCCUAGGAUAGUGGAGCAUUUCAGAGGGCUUUUCCAGCAUUUUAUGGGUUCUAUUGUUUCUACAGUAUUACUGACUGGCUGGACAAAGUUGUCGCAAAUUGAUGUCAAACUUCCUUUAAUAUAUACGCUACUGUUGUUCAUUCAUUGGUUCCACACCGUUACAACAUUGGCAAUUGCAGACGUUCCUGUUCCUUCGUUUGUCUUUCAUUAUUAUUAGAUUGACAAUUGUUGUUCCUUCGAUGGUUCUAUAUUACUGCAUUUGCAACUGCUGUCAUUUCUUCGUUGGUUCUACCUUUAAUACUAGAUUGACAACUACUGAUGCUCCUUCAUUGGUUCUACAUUCUACAGUACUGAAUUAACAACUGCUAUUCUGUCGUUGGUUCUACAUGGACAGUUGCUGUGGCUCCUUCAUUAGUUGUGCGUAACUUCUACAUUGAGAUUGCAUUACUUCUACGUUGCCCUAGUGUCUCGUGAUGAGUGUUCCCAUACUGAAGAUUGGCAUGGUGCUUAGCACCAUGGCCAUGGUCACCAACUGGAUGUCCCAGACGCUGCCCUCACUGGUGGGACUCAACCAAACCCUGGCACGGCCUGGCACCUCAGAGAAGAUCAUCAGCGCGUUGUACCCAGGACAGGAUGAAGGUUGGCAGGUUUUCGGCUCCGUGUCAGAUACGGAAGGGAAGUGUGUUUGUACUCUACUCGCCCCCCCACAGAACCUCUGCAGAAAAGACCCACGACACACACGCCUGCGCCAGCUCACUGAGCAUGUCCAGAAUGUGUCUCAGUAUUUGGAGGUGUUGCACCUGCGGACGUCUCGAGAUCUUCAGUAUAUCCAAGAGUCGGAGCAGCGAGUGAAUUUGGUGGAGCGCAGAGUUAAAGCAGCUCACAGUAACCCUCACAGCCUCACAGCCAAAAGCCUACAGGAUCUGAAGCGGAAUGUGAAUGAAUGUCUCCCCCUGCUGGCAGUUAUUGCUCAGUACAAUGCAGAUGCAGGCCAACUGGAGUACCUGCAGCAGGAAGUGGAGAGAUUAAGCUCCGCCCUCACUCUCCUGCAGGAGCAGCUGGAGGCGUACGACUACAACCAAUUACAGCACAGAGCCGUCCUGCUGGAGAGCAGAUUACACAGCUGCAUCAACACACUCGGUUGUGGUAAGCUGACAGGAAUCAGUAACCCGGUCACCAUCCGGUCUUUUGGUUCCCGAUUUGGCUCAUGGAUGAUGGACAGCAUGAUUUCCAGCUCUGAUAACCGAGUCUGGUCGAUGGACGGAUACUUUAAGGGCAGGCGUGUGUUAGAAUACAGAUCGCUCAGCGACUUCACCAAAGGCCAGAACUUUGUGGUGCAUCAGCUUCCUCAUCCGUGGGCAGGUACAGGUCAUGUGGUUUAUAAUGCCUCUCUGUACUAUAACAAACACCAGACCAACAUCAUCGUCCAGUACCACCUGCAUUCCCGGACCGUUUUGAUGCAGCGUAACCUGGGCCAGGCUGGCUACAACAACACCUUCCCCUAUUCCUGGGGCGGAUCGUCCGAUAUCGACCUCAUGGCUGACGAGACUGGCCUGUGGGCGGUUUACACCACCAUUCCCAAUGGAGGGAACAUGGUGGUGAGCCGUCUGGACCCUGUAACCCUGGAGGUGGUGAAGUCCUGGGAUACAGGGUUCCCCAAACGAAGCGCCGGAGAGGCGUUCCUGAUCUGUGGGACUCUUUAUGUCACCAACUCCCACCUGGCCGGAGCCAAAGUGCACUUUGCGUACCACACAAACACGUCUUCAUACGAAUACACAGACAUUCCCUUCCAUAAUCAGUACUCCCACAUCUCCAUGCUGGACUACAACCCCAGAGAGCGGGCGCUCUAUACGUGGAACAACGGCCACCAGGUGCUCUAUAAUGUCACGCUCUUCCACCUGAUCAAAAGCAUCACAGACACUUAGACACCAAACCCAAUGAGGAGCCAAAGGACGAGGAGAAAACUAAAGAAUUAGGGAUGUCCCAGUCCGACUUGAACAAUCAGAACCAGAGGUGAUCAUGAGAUUUUCAUUUUAUCAUACUAGUCAUGUUCAGUCCUGUUUCCAACCUUGAAUCCAAAGUUAGCAAAUAUGGUUUUGCCAUACACUCAAUUUAUAGUACUGAGCAAAAACCAGAGAGUGCCCUUCGUUUGUUUAAUGUCCAGUCAAAAUGGUACAAAUUCUUCAUUCUUCAGGAGAUGUUUAUAAGCCAUCCCACCGCCGUCUUUUAAAGAUCAGAGUAUGAACUUCGUCUCCUCUGCAGACCAGUUUCUGCUCUGCCGUGUUCAACGGUAUAAACUCUCACUAGUGCAUCGUGACUCACAUGCAGAACGGCCUUAAACUUUCUGAUACAGGCGUUUACAUGGAUAUUAUUAUUCUUCUAUAGAUUAGAUUAACAGAUUAUUAACAGGAUUACCCACCUUGUUCAAUCAGAAACUAUAUUCCGAUUGGCCUCAAUUGGACUAGACUGUUCCGGUUAAGCUGUUCUGGCUAUUUCUUUUACUAAAGCAGCUCUUUCACCAUCUAACAUAUAUCUUAUUAAACUGAUUCAGCAUCAGCCAACACUCUGGCUGGGACAUCCCUAAAGAGGAUGGAUGGGCAGGAGAUUAGAGAAACGUAUGGAAAUGAUGCAAUCAGGAACGCUGAAAUAUUACUGUGGGAAGUCGGUGGAAGAAAGUGGGGCAGAUGAAUGCAAGAAGGACUUUUCUAACAAAUGUGAAUGCAUAACUGAAAAAUACAACAGCCACAUUUCCAGCCCUGGAGCCAAAGCCAAUCAGUCGUAGCAACCAGAAGUGACAUUUUUAGAAGUUGUAUCUCAGUUUACCAAUCAGCAUUUUAUUGUAACCUUUAGAAGUCUGAAAAGCAAAGUUUUGCUAAACCACAACUACUUAAAUGUAAUGAAACCAUGUUGUAACUACAUGGUAAUUACCACAUUAAUAAACCAUAAACACAGUUGGAGGUCUGAGUCUGGCUCCAAAGAGGAAAUAUGGCUGUUGGUGAAAACUCCUGAAUGGUGCAUUACACUGAAACCUGUUAAACCUGUGUGUUCAUGAUCGUGAAUGUCCAUGUCGUGUGGCCUUGUUUGCUGCUCUGAUGUUCUGUCUGCAUGGAACCGGCAUCUUCAAAUGAGCAUUAAAGGUGAAAUCUCAGCA